AUGUACAUAGAAUUGCCUUUAUAUAAAUUAUAUGACCAAUUUAGUGGUGGAAUGUGGAAACUUACAGACGAACAAAAGAAACGACUUCAAAAAAUUAAAGAUGAGAAGAAGCCAAGAACCAACAUUGCUCAAGAUAUUUACGAUGGCAAUGCAUUGGUUGCUGGUAUUGUAAGUGACAAAAUAGAUAGUCUUGAAGAACAAAUAAAAGACUUGAAAAAUCAGAACGAAACUCUGCAGACAGAAAAGGGGGAACUUGUGAAGAAAAGUGAAGAGAUGCAAAACAACAUCAACCAAAUGAACAAAUACAUGGACAUAUUCGUGGCUUUAGACGACCUGGAAAAAGGUUACCAAGAUGAUAUCACACAACUAAUACAACACUACGAACAAAAACUAACUGAAGAAAAAGAACACUACGAAAAGCUAAAGGAACACCAUGCAAAAGAACUCACCAAAGAAAAAGAACAUCACACAAAAGAUCUGGCUGAAGAAAAGGAACACCAUGCAAAAGAAAUCCGAUCUCGUUGUGACAAGAAUGAAAAGAAGAUUAAAAUGUUUCGAGAGAUGAUCCAUCGACUCAAAGUUGCUCAUCCCGACAUUGAAGAGUUAAAAUUAAUGACAUUAUAA